GUAGGUGGUCUAGCUAGCGAUGGAGGGGAAGAGAAGAAGAGGCGUAAACAUUCCACGUGAUAUAGUAGAAGAAAUUCUGGUGAAGGUACCUGUGAAGUCUCUGGUGAGAUUCAAAAUAGUGUCGAAAGAAUGGAGAAGAAGCAUAGAAUCAACGUGUUUCAUAGAGAAACACAUAAGGUAUCAGAAAUCUCUAGGAGGAGCGACGAUUCUUUCAACAGGAAGAAGAAGACGAAAUUGUCUCGUUCUAGAAAAGCUGUUGAUCACGCCUUGCAGUGGAAGCAUACAGACUUGUCCAUAUCUACCCAUCAAACCUUUUCGACCUACUUAUGAUUUCAAAGUCUCAGAGCCUUGCGACGGUUUGUUUUGUAUCUAUACCAAAACCAAUGAUCUUAAGUUUAACCUUGUCAAUCCUGCUACUAAUAGCCGCCGCAUACUCCCAGAUCCCAUCUCUACCCUCGAUGAAGUUUAUGGGCAAUCGAUGUAUUCGUUGCUAGGGAUCGGAAGAGAGAAUGGUGUGAUUCCAAAGUAUAAGCUAUUAUGGUUUUUCCAGUGUAAUGACAAAUUGGUGAAUGAAUUUACUAGGUGCAAGGUUUUGUCUCUUGACUCUAAUAGUUGGAGAUACGUAGAUCCACCCAACUGUCGAAUUUACUGUGACCAACAUAUAAUUCACUUGGAUGGAGUGCUCUAUUGCUUCAGCUUCAACCGCGAAGAGAUGGGUUACGGCCAACCGUGCAUCUGUAAACUACUAGCUUUUGAUCUUCACACAGAGAUGUUUCAUAGUUUUUCUACUCAGGAUUUGGAGUCUAGAGACUGCCGUGAAUUAAGCAUGUGUAUUCUUAAUCAUCGUCCAUGCAUCUUCAAGAAACGUCUUGGUAAUAACGACCUUCUCUUCAAAAUUUGGGGUCUAGACAUAAACAAGAGUUCAUGGGAAGUUAUGUAUUCAAUAGAAUUUUGAGACACUAGUCUCUGUUUACCAAUAAGUUUGAUUGUAUUGUAUUUUUAUGUGUUGAUGCUUUAAUAGAGAAACUAGAUUUUGACCCGCCCUUCAAAGGGCGGGUAUAUUUUUUGUUUUAUUUUUUUAACUUAAUUUUUAUAUUUGUGUGUUUUAAUCAUAUUUGUGGUUUUUA